ACAGUGAGUCAUCUCUACGGAUUUGGACUGAUGGAUGCAGAAGCCAUGGUCAUGGAGGCAGAGAAGUGGACGACUGUUCCUCAGCAGCACGUGUGUGUGGAAAGCACAGACCGACAGAUCAAGACCAUUCGCCCCAACAGUGCAGUGCGUUCCAUCUACAAAGCUUCUGGCUGCUCGGACAACCCCAACCAUCACGUCAACUACCUGGAGCAUGUAGUUGUGCGUAUUACCAUCACACACCCACGAAGGGGAGACCUGGCCAUCUAUCUGACCUCACCCUCAGGAACCAGAUCCCAGCUUUUGGCCAACAGGUACAGUGAGGGUCUCUGCACUCCAAGGUGGGAACCACAGCUGCACUCAGCUGUUCUUCAAGGUACAGGGGGACAGCAGCUCUUUAUUCCUACCCUGGAGACCAGUGGAGCACGGCCCCUUGGACACCUUGCCGCCUUUGCUCCUACACAGAGAAUGAGAACAUCCAUAGGCAAGGGUGUGCAGAAAAAUUGA